AUGUGUGUUAUCUUUCUUCUUUUUUUUGUUGUUGCUGUUAUUGCUAGAGAUCAUCAUUCGAAUGUUAAUUGGGCGUUUAGGAAUCGUCAUUCUAUAAGAGAUGAACCAUAUCCUUGCGAUCGAGACAUAGGUAUUUCUACAUCUUCAAAUUUAAUUCCAACUUCGACCAUUACUCAGUUAAAUGUUUCAACUACAGCAUAUGUUAGCAUGGAACAAAUUGAAGUGACAUGGACACCAAUAUUGAAUUCAUGUCACGAUGAUUUUAUCGGAAUUUAUUUUGUAGAAACAUCGAUUCUUACAGGUGCUUGUGAUUAUGUUGGCUUUGUAUUCGUACAAAAUCAUACUAGUACAUCAUGGGAAAUGAUCAAUUUACGUCGGCCACUUGAAUUUCGUUACUAUUCACGUAAUCAGAAUUGCUCCAGCAACUAUUCAUUUGUCGGCAAAUCACCCGUUGUUCGACCCCUUAAUGAUAACGAACCAACACAGAUUCAUUUAGCAUAUGCUGAUCGAAUCGAUCAGAUGUUUGUUUCUUUUGUUACUAAUUCAAAUGCUCAUAUACCACGAUGUCAAUAUGGAUUGAAUCGGUUGUCAUUAGAAUGGGAAGCGAAUGGUACGACACUCACUUAUACGGCAUCAGACAUGUGUGAAGGACAAGCUACUGUAUGGGAUCCUCAAAAAUUCAUUGAUCCUGGCUUUAUGCACACAAUUUUACUCAAUGAUCUUCAUCCAUCAACUAUGUAUUUCUACAGAGUAGGUAACGAUGAAGAUGGUUGGUCAUCAGUAUACUCAUUUACCAAUCGUCCGGCAAUAAAUGAAGAUUCAGAAGUGACCGUUAUUGCUUUUGGUGAUAUGGGAUUGGCACCAUUUGCAACAGGCGCUAAAUCAACCAUGGAUCGAGUACGAGCACGAGUAAUUUCGAGUAAUAUAACUUGUCUAUUACAUAUUGGUGAUAUCAGUUAUGCUAUGGGUAUUGGUGUUUUGUGGGAUUCAUUUAUGAGUCAAAUAGAAUCGUUUGCAUCUCGUUUACCGUAUAUGGUCAGUAUUGGAAAUCAUGAGUAUGAUUACAUUACUGGUAAUAAUAAGGAUCCAAGUGGAGCACCAGUUCCUUUUCGUCCUAAAUGGGGUGAUUAUGGUACUGAUUCUGGUGGUGAAUGUGCUGUUCCUAUGGUGCGUCGUUUUCACUCUCCAUCUAAUGGUAAUGGUCUAUUUUGGUAUAGUUUUGAUGUUGGUCCCAUUCAUUUUGUUUUCUAUUCAACUGAACAUGAUUUUCAUCGUGGAUCACUACAAUAUAUUUGGUUAGAGCAAGAUCUUCAAUCAGUCAAUCGUUCUCGCACGCCAUGGCUUAUUGUUAGCUCACAUCGUCCUAUGUAUUCAUCACAAAUAAUACCAGAAUCCUAUUUUAUUAUAUUAAUGUUACAAUUAUAUAUAGAACCGUUAUUGUAUAAAUAUCAUGUUGAUAUUAAUUUUUAUGCUCAUAUACAUUCGUAUGAACGAACUUGUCCAAUGUAUCAACAUAGAUGUGUUGAUGAUGGUAUUACGCAAAUUUUAAUAGCAACGAAUUUUACAAAUGAUGAAUUUAUCAAAUCUCGAAUGGAAAAUGGACGUUACGUUAAUUCAUUUAAUUCACAAUAUACAACAUCUGGUUUUAUGUCGUUUUUAAAAUAUAAGAUAACAACACGAUCCAAUGUACAAUUACCAAAUACAAAAGAAGAACUUGAUAAAUUUUUACCGAUUAUUCAACAUCGAAAACGUGAAGAUCUCAAUCGAACAGUACCUGGUCUAAGAUUUAUCUGGAUUGGACAUGCAUCAUGUUUUAUCCAAAUGAAUAACUUUCGAUUUCUUAUUGAUCCAGUUUUCAGUGAACGAUGUGGUAUGUAUUCACGUUUCGGACCAAAACGUUUUCGACCACCCGCUUUAACAGUUAAUAAUUUACCAGAUGAUCUUGAUGCUAUAUUUAUAACACAUAAUCAUUAUGAUCAUCUCGAUUAUCUUAGUGUAAAAGAUUUAAAUAAUCGUUAUGGUGAACAAUUAACUUGGUUUUGUGGUCGAGGAGUUCGAGAAACGUUAUCGAAUAUGUAUGUUAAGAAUAUUAUCGAACUCGACUGGUGGGAAGAAUAUUUCUUUUUAAAAAAAGAUAUUAAUAUUGCGUUUUGUCCAGCACAACAUUGGAGUCGUCGUGGUCUAUUCGAUACAGAUAAAUCUUUAUGGGGUGGUUUUGCUAUUUGGGAUAAUACAUAUAAAUUUUAUCAUGCUGGAGAUACGGGUUAUACACAUAAUAUUUCAAUUUUUCGACAAAUUGGUCAAAAAUAUGGUCCAUUUGAUUUAAGUGCUAUACCAAUUGGUACCUAUGAGCCAAGAUCAGUAAUGAAAAAUGAACAUGUAUCACCGGAUGAAGCUGUUCAAAUACAUAAAGAUGUUCAAUCAAAUAAAUCAAUUGGUAUUCAUUGGGGUACAUGGACUAUGAGUAAUGAAUAUUUUAUGGAACCACCAAAAAAACUUAAAGAAGCACUUCAAAAUAAUCAUCUUGAUCCAACAUCAUUUAUUGUAUUGAAACAUGGUGAAAUUCUAGAUUUACCCGAAUAA